CGAAGCUUUCGUUAGAGUUACGAUCAUCGUUAAGCCUUGGUUAAGCUCUAGUUAGUUAUUUACCCUCUAACUCAAAGCGUUCGUUAUACCAAAAAUGCUAACGAAACUGUCGUAAAAUAACGAACACCUCGGAGUACACGUUAGACCUUCGUUGAAGAAAAAGAAAAACAACGUGAGAAGCUAUUUCAACAAAUGAACAAUGGCCGCCUUGCUGUUAGCAGUUGCAUUAGAGCGCCGUAGGAGAGGGACUAUUCCGCAGGUACGCGUUUUUCGAGAUAGAGAAAAUCCUCUCGACUUCAUGGAUGAUGUUGAUUUGAUAAAAAAGUAUAGAAUGAACAGAAAUGCCAUUUACGAUCUCUGCGAGGCGCUCAACAAUGAUCUAAGCCGUCCAACCAAAAGAAGCAAUGCACUUCCGGUAUCUCUCCAAGUACUGAUGGCAUUGAGAUACUAUGCAACUGGAAGUUUUCAAUCUGUAGUUGGUGAUGGUUAUAGUGUAAGCAGUAUGUCAGUAUCGCGUUGUGUACGCGAUGUUUCAUAUUUUAUAACACGGCGUCUACAAAAUGAAAUCAAAUUUCCGCUACUUGAUGAACAGCAACGACUGGUAAAGCAAGGAUUUUACGAGAUUGCACAGUUUCCGCAUGUUCUCGGUACAGUGGAUGGGACAUUAGUUCCAAUAAGAGCUCCCCAUGAUGAUGAACAUAUUUACGUUACGCGUAAGGGAUUUCAUGCGCUGAAUAUUCAGGGCAUAUCUGACUCAAACAAUAUGCUUUUAAAUCUAGUGGUUCGUUGGCCUGGUUCAACCCAUGAUGCAUUUAUUCUCGCUAACAGUGGUAUUUCAGAGGAGUUUGAAUCUGGACGUAUUCAACAUGGAUGGCUUCUAGGUGACAGCGCAUAUCCCCUGAAAACAUGGCUGCUGACACCAAUUUCUGCACCACGUGAUGCAGCUGAACGGCGUUACAAUUUUGCUCAUAAGAGGACAAGAUGCACGGUUGAAAGAACAUUUGGUAUCUGGAAAAUGAGAUUCCGAUGUUUACAUAAAUCAGGAGGAUAUCUCAGUUUUUCACCAGCAAGAUGUGUAAACGUAAUAAUGGCAACAGGGAUAUUGCACAAUAUUUGUACAAGAAAACACAUACCUCUGCCUGACGAUACAGACGAGGACGAUAGCAACCAGCAAGCUGAGACUGAAAAUGAAAAUGAACAAGAACAGGAACAGGAAGUGUUUCAGGACGGACGGCAGGCACGGGCAGAUUUGAUCAACAGAGUAUUUAGAUAACUGACUGAAAUUCAUAUAUAUUAGAAUGCUUAAUCAAUAAACAUAGGGAAAACAAAGCGACUUGUUGAGAGCUCUGUUAUCUUAUGGUUAUUUGUGUUUUUGCCUCGCAAGUCAACACUAUCUGUGUUGCAUGUUUAACAAUACAUCACGUGUAUUCUUUCAUAUAUGAAAUCAAAAGAAUAUAAUACAUGCACUUCAUUGCUGUUUUAAACUUUUAAUACUUAAAAAAAACGUAGAACUUAUACUAGUUCUAUAUACAAAGUAAAAUAAAAAGAGUUCAUCAUAAACACAUACAUGUACACUGAAUUAGCGCAACACAGUAUAUUGAUAAAUGUUAUAAUU